CUGUUUGCGCAUCUGCCGCGCCACCACGAGGUGGACGUGGCGGGUGUUGUGGCGCGCGGCACGGCCGCCGCGCUGCCGCUGCCGGCCAUCCAGCUGGGCCUGACACUGGCGCAGGGCUCGCUGCGCGGCGCCAACGCGCGCUGCAUUGCCAUGCUGGACGUCUUCCGGCAAGUGGUGCUGGAGUUCCGCAGCGCGGGCGGGCGCGAGUUUGCGCGCGAGCUCAACCCGCUGCUCAACUCGGUUAUCUCAUUCCUGGUCUUCUGCCGCCCGCUGUCGGUGUCCAUGGGCGCGGCCAUCAAGCACGUCAAGGCAGCCGUGGAGAAGCUGAAGCUGGAGCCCAGCGCCAAGGAGCGGCUGCUGGGUGUCAUCUCCUCCUUUGUCCAGGAGAAGAUCCUGUUUGCGGGCGACCAUCUGGCGGGCGAGGCGGCCAAGCGCAUCCAGAGCGACGAUGUGGUGCUGACCUACGGCUACUCCUCGGUCGUGGCGGCGGUGCUCCUGCGCGCCGCCGCGGCAGGCACCCCCUUCGCCGUGGUGGUGGCCGAUGCGCGGCCGCUGCUGGAGGGGCGGCGCAUGCUGCGCGCGCUGCUGGCCGCCCGCGUGCCCGCGCAGUACGUUGCGCUCAACGGCCUGAGCUUCGUGCUGCCGCGGGUGACCAAGGUGCUGCUGGGUGCGGGUGCCGUGCUCAGCAACGGCGCGGUGCUGGCGCGCGCCGGGUCGGCGGCCGUGGCCAUGGCCGCCUCCGCGGCGCACGUGCCCGUGCUGGUGGCCGCCGAGACCUACAAGUUCCACGAGCGCGUGCAGCUGGACUCCAUCACGCACAACGAGCUGGGCGACCCAGACCUCCUGGUCGAGAUGCCGGGCGGGGAGAAGGCCUGGCUGGAAGGCUGGCGCGAGCAGGAGGGCCUGGGCCUGCUCAGCCUGAUGUACGACACCAUGCCCGCCCAGUUUGUGAGCAUGGUGAUCACGGAGGUGGGGGCCAUCCCCCCUACCUCCGUCCCCGUCAUCCUCCGCGAGCAGCGGGCCGACGGGAACAUGGCGUGA